GUAAACUUCAUGGUGUUUGGGAUUAGUGUGUAGUUCAGCAGGUCUCAUCAGGACUCGUCACACCAGUUGUGUGAGUGAGAGCGACGUCCCUCAGGGUCAGGACUCACUCGGGGAAUUCCUUGGUUUCAUCAUUAGCACUAUAAGAGACAGAGUCAGUCCUCAAACUGCUGUAAACACACCACACACUCAUCAGACUUCAGACUUAACCUUCAUCCUCAGGAAUCUCAUAAUGCCGGACAUUUUGGUGACGGAUCAGGAUGUAACAGAUGGAGUGGGAUCUCACUCCAACCCUGAGAGAUUUUUGGGGCAGAAUUACAAAGAGCUGUGGAGAGAUUUUGUAAAACACAAAGCCAGAUUCCUGGAUGAUAAAUUUCCCCCAAAUGAGAGCUCUAUUGGUGAAGGACUGCUGUCUGACGCUGAGCUGGCAAAGGUGGAGUGGAUCAGACCUACGAAAAUGGUGCCUGAUCCUCAUCUUGUUGUAGGUGGCGAGUCCAGGUUUGACCUUGCUCAGGGAGAGCUUGGAAACUGCUGGUUUCUGGCUGCAAUCGGAGCGAUUACAUUUCAGCAAAAGAUUAUGGAUCAGAUCAUCCCUGAAGGCCAGUCGUUCAGAAAGGAUUACGCUGGAAUAUUUCAUUUUCGAUUCUUUAGGUUUGGGAAGUGGGUGGAUGUUGUUAUUGAUGAUAAAUUACCCACAAUCGAUGGACAGCUGAUCUUUGUUCACUGUAAAACCCGUAAUGAGUUCUGGCCUGCACUGCUGGAGAAAGCCUACGCCAAAGUGUGUGGCUCCUAUGCAGAUCUUCAUGGUGGUUUGAUAUCUGAGGCUCUGUGUGAUUUCACUGGAGGAGUUUAUAUAACACUCAGACUGAAGGCAGAUCAUCCUGAGCACUGGGCUCUACUGCAUCGAGCAGAAACCUACAGAUCCUGUAUGGGCUGUGGAUCAAAAGCAGGGGCCACUUCUGCUAACACUGAGCUUCCUAACGGUAUAGUGGAGGGUCACGCCUACACCGUCACUGGAGUGACCAAGGUGAUGAGUGAAGGCGAGUCAGUUAAACUGGUGCGUCUCUGGAACCCAUGGGGACAUAAAGAGUGGAACGGUGACUGGAGUGACAGGUCACCGCUGUGGGGGUCUGUAAAUCCCAAGGAACGCACAAAGUUCUUACACAGUAAAGAUGAUGGAGAGUUCUGGAUGUCGGUGGAGGAUUUCUGCAAAAACUUUGCUAAUGUGGAUAUCUGCUGUCCGAAUCCAGCGUUCCUCGAUGGAUCAUCAGAACGCAGCUGGACCGUGACGGCAUAUGAAGGCCAGUGGGACGAGAAGACGGCUGGCGGAUCCAUGGAGAACAAACAGACUUUCUGGAAGAAUCCUCAGUAUCAGGUGAACAUAUCGGCUGUAGAGACGGACAGAGCUGAAGCUCAGGGGUUUAACCUGCUGGUGACUCUGGUGCAGAAACCCAACAGCAGACACAGGCAUCAUGUCCAAUACCAUCACAUUGGGCUCAGUGUGUUUGCGGUUCCUCCAGAUCUGAAGGAUCAGAAAGUCUUUUCUGCUGCCUUUUUCUCCUCCAGUACCCCUGUGGCCCAGUCCAAGGAUUUGUCGACCAGCAGGGAGGUUAUGGAGUUUCUGAGACUGAAACCCGGACGCUACCUUGUGGUACCUUUCACCUACAAGCCCAAAGAAACCGGCUCCUUCGUCCUCACGCUGUACUCAAAGAUUAAAUCCAACUGAUGUGAACAUCGAGUGUGAUGAUGAUGAAGACCUACCUGAACUUCUCUGUAUUUCUGUGUCAUUUGUUGACCAUUUGCUUGCAUGUAAAACAUUUCUUUCCUUUUUGUUCACAUGUUAAUCCCUUAUUCUGAAAUGAAGUCUUAAAUUGUUUUAGUCAAUGUUGGUGUGUUUCUCACCUUCAGCACAAUAACAAACAAAACCACCUGAGCCAAUAAUCUGAAGAUUGUGUGAACAGCAAUUAUAACCGUAAUAUAAUAAUUAUUUUUAUAGUACUUAUUAAAACCAUUGAUGUUAAAUUA